GCAAUAUUUUGCUUUCCAUAAAAAUACGACAAUUCGCCAUAGAUAAUAACUUCUAAUGGAAGAAGUUUCAUUACAACACUAUCGCGUUCUAAAUUGACAGUUCAAAUUUUAAAAUAAAUCAUUUAUCAUUUUUGACAAUACCGAAUAGGGUCAACAGUUGAAUAAUGAACAGUGCAAUGCUAAUACUAUAGCUUAAUUUAAAAAAAGUGUGAUAAAUCGAAUCUGAAGUCAUUAACUAAAAAAUAAAGCCACUACUGAUACAUAAAUAUUUUUAUAUAUUAAAUUUUUAUAUAUUAAUAAUGUCAUACAUACCGGAUAUAAUGAAAAGUUCUUUCCAUGGAAAAAUUGAAGAGAUUCCGGGCGUGUAUGUUGAUAACUUCGAAAAUGCUAAACAUCAAGGCGCUAGAGCUUACUUCCUGAGCCAUUAUCACUCAGACCACAUACAAGGGCUACAUUCAGCUCAGCUAUUAGACGUUUUAUUGAAGAACAACAUCACAAUAUAUUCGACCGAGCUGACAGCAGCUAUUAUAAAUGACGACAAAAAUGAUGAGAGAAUUAUGAAAUGCGUUCGAGCUCUAAAAAUGGGCUCGACACUAAUAUCUUUGCCUGCUUUGCCUGAACAAGAUAUACCGGAAUUGUUACUGACUGUUACAUUGAUACCAGCUGGUCACAGCGCUGGAUCAACAAUGAUUUUAUUCUCAACAACGACACAUAACAUUCUGUUUACUGGAGAUUUCCGUAUCAAUCUUAACGACUUGCCAAAGUACAAGCAUCUUCAUGUUGAUGAUGAACCAAUAAAAUUGGAUGCGAUGUAUGUUGACACAACCUUUCUGGAUUUGAAAUACGAACACUUCCCGAAGCGAUCUGAGAGCGUAGAAAAAAUGAUAUUUGAAAUUAGAAGGUGGUUGAACUCUAAUGAGAAUAAUGCAAUUGCAAUACACACAUCUGCUAAAUAUGGUUACGAAUAUGUCUUUAAUGAGAUAUAUAAACAAUUACACAUGAAAGUAUUCGUGAGUUCGGAAAAAUGGCGUUUUUACAGUUCAAUACCGAAACUAGUGCCCGGGGUGACAAAUAACGAAGAAUCUACUAGAAUACAUUUAUGUAGAAACAGAAGCGUGGAUAGUUCACACACCUCAUGCGUACAGAAAUGUCAUAAUAAUUACUUAUUUAUACAUUUAUCGGCUAUGAAGUGGCAGAAUUACGAAGAUGGAAAAUGCUCAGUUUCGCGCGUGACGCGGGAGCGGCUGGACGUGUGUUUCGCUACUCAUUGUAGUAAAAAAGAGAUAGAAUAUUUUGUUGAUUAUUUUGCACCGAAUAAAAUAAUUGGUUUUCCUCGUGAAUAUACAGGAAGGCGUAAAAGAAAUGAGCUCUGUGAUAAUAGUGGAAUUGACACAAAAAAAGUUAAAAUACCUAAGAAAGUUGAUGCUGAUUUGUUGAAAUUGAUGUUUGGAUAAAUAAAAAUGAUGUUGUUUUGUAAUUAAGAACAUUUUUUUUAUAUAGAUGAACAAGUUCUUCAACAUAUGCAGCAUCGUAAAGUCUAUUCCAACUGAAGGAGUAAAGACAAAUAAAUUUUGAUAUGACAACAUUGGUCGAGAUUUUUUAAAGUCGUAUAUUAUACCAUGAUUUUUUUUGUUUAUAUUUUAAAGUACAUAAUGCAUAUUUGAAUUAUACAUAUAAGAUAUUUAAAUUGUAAGGUAGCAGCAGUAAACGAAAAUAGAAAAAAAGAUUGUUUUGCUAACUCGCAAAUAGCCACACUAACUGAAAAAGACAGUAAGUAAAACAAUUAUUUCGAAAUCACAGACAGUCACUCCAAUGAUAUUUAUUUGUUUAUGUAAAGAUGCGUUAUAAAUAGUAUUAUAUUAUAAAUAUAUUAAUCGAGAAUUGUAUGUAGUGUGUUAUAUAACAGACCUAUUAGCAUAUUGCAUGGAAUAUGUAAAUAUAAGGUUUUUUUUUCUUUACUCCUUCCGCCCUCGGGAUAUAGUACAAUUGUAUAUCUAAUGUGUAUUCUACUAUGUUAUAUGAAAUAAUAUGAUGAGAGUGUUUUUGUGUGUGAUAUAUAUAUCACGUAUUUGUAUCUCAACGGACGUGUUGUCCGUGCCUGUGGAGUAUCAUAUCUUUAAUUUAUAUUAACGUAACUGCCAUUACUAGCAGUAUCACAAUCUACGAUUUAGGAUUAAAAUAAUAUAAAUGUAUGGUAUUCAAGUGUGAUCAUUAAAAUGUAAAAGGUAUAAAAAUCUUAUGUACUAACUUUGAUAAAUAAUAUUAAAGUAAUUUGUUAU